UAUUAUAACUUGGCAUCACUGCAAGUCAACGAAAUCGUGCUGGCUGGCGUUUGAUUUUCGAGGUUUGUUUUUCCGGAUUUCACACCGGACCGUUCAAAUUUUGUGAAAAUCUGGUCAAGCAGCGCUAUCGGUGUUGUUAAUCCUCAAUGGGACAUCGUAAGGAUAGCGGAGAAUCAGGCUCUGAUUCAGAUUCCAGUCGGGGAAGCCGGAGCCGUAGCGGAACCCCAGCGGUAGCUCCGACCCCGGGCCAUAACCUGGAACAUCAUGACUCUCGUUCUAACUCACCAACGGGAUCACCGGGACAAAACCGAAGCAGAUCCGGUUCGGCUGCUUCCGGUCGUUCGGGAUCUCAGCGUUCCCACAGUGGUUCUCGAUCUCGAUCGGGGACGCCGGGCUCGAGACGGUCUCAGUCUCGUUCUAGAUCCGGUUCUCGAGCUUCCGGGGGUUCUGAAGGAGGAAGAUCUCGUUCCGGAUCGCAAGGAAGCAGAAAGUCCAGAUCCCGUAGCGGCACUCCGGUAAACCGGUCCCGAAGUGGAACUCCGGAAAAUCGUUCACGUAGUGGAAGCCCCAACAAUCGAUCCAGGAGUGGUACCCCGGAAAAUAGAUCCCGCAGUGGAAGUCCUGCCGCGAGAUCUCGCAGCGGAUCCAGAUCUAGAUCAGGGUCUCCGGCGAAAUCUCAAUCCAGUCGUCGAUCCCGGUCCCGAUCCCGUAAAUCAGGUUCCCGUUCACCAUCGCAGGCAAAAUCACAUCGUUCCAAGUCCGGUUCCCGUUCCCCGUCACAAGCCAAGUCGAAUCGUCGGUCCAAAUCCGGUUCUCGUUCGCCAUCGCAAGCUAGAUCAAACCGGCGAUCAAAAUCCGGAUCCCGUUCACGGAGCCGCUCAGCCGAUUCUGACAUUCGAGAAGACAAACGCAAACGAGCAGUGCUUUCCAGUGAUUCCGGAUCAGAUGCCGAAAAAAUACAGAAAAAGAGGAAAAGUAAACUGAUCGAUUCAGAUUCGGAUGAAGCUUCCGGCAAGGAGGAAGCAUCGGAAGGAAAGAAGGCGAAGGAUGAUUUGACUGCAGAUGCUUUGUUCGGUGAUGCUGACGACAUUAGUUCGGAUGAGGAUGCUGAUUCUGGACGUGAGAGAGACGAGUUGGACGAUCUGGAAGACGAACAGAAGAAGGAUAGCGAACGAGAGAGGAGCAGAAGUCGAAGCAGGUCCAGGUCGCGCUCGAGGUCCCGGUCCAGGAGUCGCGAUAGCGAUCGAAGAUCUUCCGAUGGAGAAAGAGGGGAAGGAUUGGCUCGAUUCGAGGAACCUAAAGAACCGGAAGCAGAACCUGAACCUAUACCGGAAACCAGGAUCGAUGUUGAAAUCCCUCGAAUUGUCACGGAUUUGGGUCGAGAUUUACACUUUGUAAAACUUCCCAAUUUCCUCUCCGUUGAAACGAGACCCUUCGAUGAAGAAACCUAUGAAGAUGAAAUCGACGAAGAGGAAACUCUGGAUGAAGAAGGUAGACAACGCUUGAAACUGAAAGUUGGCAACACAAUCCGUUGGAGGAAUUAUAUCGAUGACGAUGGCAGUGCGAUCCGUGAAACGAAUGCUCGUUUUGUUCGUUGGUCUGACGGAAGCACCAGUCUGCAUUUGGGAUCUGAAAUCUUCGAUGUUUACAAACAGCCGCUGCAGGGAGAUCACAACCAUCUGUUCAUUCGUCAGGGAACGGGUCUGCAAGGUCAAUCCGUCUUCAGAACUAAGCUCACGUUCCGACCGCACUCGACGGAAUCGUUUACUCACAAAAAGAUGACCAUGUCUUUGGCAGAUCGGUCGACAAAAACUUCCGGUAUCAAGAUUCUCACCCAGGUUGGUUUCGAUCCGGAUGCAAACCGGAAAGAAAACAUCAAGAAAGAGGAGGAAAAACUCCGAAUGGCUAUGCGGGCGAAUCAAAAACCGAACCAGAAACCCAGUGGCCGGAAACGUGGCGAAGGUGGAAAUGCCAACAGUUCGUACCAGCAAGAUGAAGGCUCCGAGGACGAGGGAGGAAUCUCGAUUGCAGCCAUCAAGAAUAAAUACAAGGAAGACAAAUCGAAACCCCGACAGGGAGCAGCUAUCUAUUCCUCGGAAGAAGACGAUUCAGAUGUGGACACUGGUCGUAAGAAAAAGAACGUCGAUAGGAAGAAAGCGUUGCGUGCUCUGGAAAACUCGGACGAUUCUGAUGGCGGCACCAGACAUUCCGGGUCGGGUUCCGGUUCCGGAUCUGAAGCAGGUUCAGCUUCCGGCUCCGGUGGUCGAGGUUCCGGAAGUGAACGAAGUGGCGCGGAACAAUCGGGUGAGGAAGCCGCAGGUGGCGAAGAUAGCGAUGAAUGAAUUGACAAACAUUUUAAACUUUAAUAUUAUCGCUAUAUCUAAUAAAGUAUGUGCUACAUAAUGACACACA